UAUAACAUAACUUUGUAUUCUCAAAUUGAACAGAACAUUUGAUUAAUUAAUAAUAAAUUGUAUAAGAAAAUAAUAUGUCAUCUCAUGACUAAGAAACUAACAACACUCUUUAUCCUCCAUCUUAGGUUAUCAUUCCACACACACUUAUUGUAUAAGGGUGCUUUCCAAAGUUUACACAACAGUGCACACAAAUACACUGCACACACUGAGCAGAGCGAGCGAGACGCCCGAUGAUGUUGUGAUCAUAAAUGCAACAACGCCAGAAGAAAUAUUAAAAAUCGAUUUUUUUGAUUUUUCAAAAAAAACAAUAAUUUGUGUUGGAGGUAUUCUAUCAUGGAAUACAAGCACUAUCGUAGAUUAUUAUAAAAUGAUGGCUACAAUCUAUUUAAAUUCAAAAAAUUAUAAUUAUAUUAUUUUAUUUCAUGAUUAUUAUUGCUCGGUUCAGCCGCUAGCACCAACUUGCCCCCAUUUAAUUGGUAAAGUGUUUGGACCUGGAAUCGAUAAACUUGUUUCCCUGGGUUUACCGGCGGAAAAUUUAGAAUUUGCGGGCCAAUCAGCCGGAGCCCAUAUAGUUGCGUCCGUAAUUGAAAAUAUGGUAACACCUGUAAAACUAUUAAUUGGAUUCGAUCCAGGAACUGCACUUACAGAUUUUCGACGUGGUCUUGCUCAAUUCACUAUAGCUCUACGAAGUGAUUCCACUAACAGUGGAAAUAUUAAUUGGAAUGCCGAUUUAGAGUUGAUAGUAAAUGGUGGAAUACGCUAUCAACCGGGAUGUGAAGAACUUGAGUUUCAAAUGAGUUGCAGCCAUUUAUUCGUUGGGCCUGUUUGGAAGAGUAUAUUUGAAAAUCAAGGUCAUGGAUUAUUUUAUGGCGUUCGAUGUAAUGAAAUUGAAUGCGAUUAUAGUGAUAUUAAGGAGAUUACUCCAGAUUUAAGAGAAAAAGGAACGUAUUAUUUCAAAACAUCAGAUUCAUAUCCAUUUGGUUUAGGAUUAGAUGGAAUCAAGAAUAUAACACCUACGAAAAAUAGCACUUUCAAUUUUGACUGGGAAUUCGCUUCAAUAUUUAUGAAGCAUACUCAAGAAUCUUGGCUUUCGCAACUCAUAUUUCACUUUGAUUAAUCGACUCAAGCAUCCUUACACGAUAAAGAGUGAAUUUUUGAUAUACUUAAGUUGGCUAAAUAUCGAAAACUUUUUAAUUACGAAAAUAAGUUAAUCUUUAUAAAAAUCUCUGCUAA